AAUUUCUAAACUAUAACCUUAAAUUGGGAGAUUCAGAUAAAGUAUUGUGUUGAAAAAAAAGUCCCUUUAACUCUUUAUUUAUGGUAUUGUAAAGGAAAUUAGUAGUUGUUUGAUGAGAUGGACACUGUCAAUAUUCACAUGCGAUGUGGCUCAACAACAGGCACAGGAUCCUUCUGAAUUGGAUCUUGCUCUGCUUAACUGAUAGCAUGCCAACUAAAUUGAUAAUUGAUUACCUCUAGAAUAAGAUGAUAUUCUGAUUCUUGCUGCCAAUACUUGGAACAUGAUUAUGUGGUUUGGUUAGAUCCAACUCUUAAGAAACUUGAGCAGCAUGUGGAUCAUCUUGAAAUUGCAAACUUCAGAUUCCAAAUGUUGGAAGCGCCAGCAGGCAGGACAGUGCAGCAUGAAGAACCAUGAAUGCUGAAGUAAACUUUUCAAUAGCAGGCAACUCUUCUCACAAUCUGAAUCUAUCAUUAAACUAGGCACUCGUGCAGAUGAGUUUGCCGCCAAUUAUCGAAACAUGCCACGCUGAUCAUUAGUUCAACUACAGUUAGAGAUGCUUCUAAAGCUGAACAAGCAAAAAACAUGGGGACAGCUUGGCUUUGUCGCCGCAGCACAGCACCUCAUCAUCGAUGAGAUUCUUGCUGUCUACAAGGUCAUCGAUAGCACUUCUUCAGCUUGUUCUGUUAUAUAUAGAGGCAAACCAUAGCCGGAUGGACACCAUUGCAGCAGCUUCUCUUCUUUUCCACUUCUAGAGAAAAAGGAAAGCACUACAGCUUCCACUACAGCCAUGGCUUGCCACCUCAGAUCAGCCAGUGUGCCUUCCAGUCCUCGCUCCAAUGAAAUCGACGUCGAAGAACAGCUCCAGAGCUUGAACACAACUAUCUCUUCAUCUUCUUCUACCAUUGGAACCAUGUGUGAUGGUUUGAGGAAUCUUGGAGAAGUGUACAACCGCAUCGGUGAGCUUGCAAGCCUACCGAGCAGCCAAGUUUCACGGCAGAGGAAGGCAGUGGAGCAAGAGCUCGAGCGCUCCCUUGUUGUGCUUGACCUUUGCAACGCCAUGCUAGAGAGCUUUGGAGAACUCAAGGAAAUCAUCCUGGACAUGCAGCUGGCUCUCAAGAGAGGAGAUGAUGCAGCUGUUCAGACCAAGAUCCAGUCCUACAUUCGUGUGGCAAAGAAGACACAAAAACAAUUCAAGAAGAUCAACAAGAAGUCCGCUGCAGCUGAUCAGGAAAGCUGCAAGUUGAUCAAGACGAUGUCUGAAGCCAGGGAGAUUGCUGCCUCGAUGCUUGAAUCUUCAUUGCAACUCUUGUCGAAGCAAAUUGUCACACCAAGCUCUGGCAAGUGGUCUCUCGUUUCCAAGGCGUUCCAGAAGAGAAGAGUUGUGUGCGAUGAAGAGCAAAUGCAGGAGUUGGAGUUGGACAUUGUCGGUCUUGAGAGCGGACUUGAGACUUUGUUCAGGAUACUGAUCCAGAGCAGGGUUUCUCUUCUGAAUGCUCUUAGCUUGUAGGUCAUACACCAACUCAGAAGAUUCCUCGUGAUUAGCGUCCGCCUUUUAGAGGAUUGGCUAAUCAUCGAAACAAAGUUUUGAUGUAUAUAUGGGAAAAUGUACAUAAAUAUACUCAAUGAGAAAAGGCAUAAGUUCCGAUCCA